UUCACGCGCCCCCUCUCAUUUCGAGUUCCUCUCACUCUUCUGCGCUUCGAGAAAGAGAGAGAGAGAGAGACAGAGAGAGAGAGAGAGAAAGAGAAAAUAAAAAAAGCGAAGAAGACGCAGAAACCAUCCAAUUUAGGGUUAGGGCUGUCCCCUAAUCUGGAAACCUGUUGCUGGUUUCUGAUCUGUGUUUUUCGGAUCCAAAAAGAUGGGCGCGAAUUCGCUUCCGACGGAUGCAACACUCGAUCUAGAUGAGCAGAUCUCGCAGCUCAUGCAGUGCAAGCCCCUCUCUGAGCAACAGGUUAGAGCAUUAUGCGAGAAAGCUAAGGAGAUCUUGAUGGAUGAAAGCAAUGUUCAGCCUGUUAAAAGCCCUGUGACAAUCUGCGGUGAUAUUCAUGGACAGUUUCAUGAUCUUGCAGAGCUUUUCCGUAUAGGGGGAAAGUGCCCUGAUACCAACUAUCUGUUUAUGGGAGACUAUGUUGACCGUGGAUAUUAUUCUGUCGAAACUGUUACGCUGUUAGUUGGCUUGAAAGUACGGUAUCCACAGCGAAUCACUAUUCUUAGAGGAAACCAUGAAAGUCGUCAGAUUACUCAGGUUUAUGGAUUUUAUGAUGAAUGUCUGCGAAAGUAUGGCAAUGCAAAUGUUUGGAAAAUAUUUACAGACCUCUUUGACUACUUCCCACUGACAGCCUUGGUCGAGUCGGAAAUAUUCUGCCUUCAUGGUGGAUUGUCACCAUCUAUUGAGACACUUGACAACAUUAGGAACUUCGAUCGAGUUCAAGAAGUUCCGCAUGAAGGACCUAUGUGUGACUUAUUAUGGUCUGAUCCUGAUGACAGAUGUGGCUGGGGAAUCUCUCCUCGUGGUGCUGGAUAUACAUUUGGUCAGGACAUAUCCGAACAAUUCAAUCACACUAACAACUUAAAGCUGAUCGCCCGAGCGCAUCAGCUGGUUAUGGAUGGAUUCAACUGGGCACACGAGCAAAAGGUGGUUACUAUAUUCAGUGCACCAAACUAUUGCUAUCGCUGUGGAAACAUGGCCUCAAUUCUUGAGGUCGACGACUGCAGGAACCACACGUUCAUUCAGUUUGAACCAGCACCAAGGAGAGGAGAGCCAGAUGUCACUCGAAGGACACCCGACUACUUCCUAUGAAGACACUCAGCUCCUCCUGCAGCGGCGAAGUCCAGUUGUUGGUUUUUGAAGAUCUCUGCUUAUUCCAUUUGGUUAACGCAUUUGUGUUCCAGGUUGCUUAAAAUCAAUUUAGCCCUCUCCCUUGGAAUAGUGUAAUAUAGGCAAAGAGGUCAAUGAACUUUAAAACCUCUCAUGAACAUUUGUUUGGCUGAACUUAUUUAGCUCCCUUUUGCAUCAGAAUAUGUUUAUUGUGAGAUAUUAUUUCUAUUUAUUUUAUGUUAUUCUUCCCCUUUGUUCCAUA